AUGAAAGUUUCAAAGCAGGAUUAUGUCUCCUCUGUUUGGAGAGACGGGAUUUUCGACGACAGGGUGGUCUUCUGCACCGGUGGUGCAGGCACAAUCGGGUCUGCUCAAGUUCGUGCUCUUGUUCAUUUAGGCGCCAAUGCCUGCAUUGUUGGGAGAAAUGUCGAAAAGACCCAGCAGAUGGCAGUCGAGAUAGAAACGGCCCGUCCUGGGUCUAAGGUCCUCGGAAUCGGCGGCGUGGAUGUCAGAAACUUGCAAAGCCUUGAGAAAGCCGUUGAACGUUGUGUAGGCGAGCUAGGCGGGAUUGACUACGUGAUUGCUGGUGCCGCGGGGAACUUCCUGGCUCCCAUCAGUGGCCUCUCCUCAAAUGCUUUCCAGACAGUCGUAAACAUCGAUCUUAUGGGCUCAUUCAACACUUUCAAGGCUACGGCUGAACAUCUAGUUAAAUCAGCGUCUAAGAACCCAAAUCCGUCCUCCACCACUGGCGGAAGGAUUGUCUUCAUGUCCACAACUUUUCACUACGCCGGGAUGCCGUUUCAAGCACACGUUUCCUCCGCAAAAGCUGGAGUAGACGCACUCUCAGCAUCCAUUGCCUUAGAAUACGGCCCUCGAGGUAUCAACUCUAACGUGAUCAGUCCUGGGGGUAUCGGCAAUACUGAAGGACUAGAGCGUCUGUCAAGCAAGGCGACGCGUGAUACGGGUGAAGCGGGCGGUGGAGUCCCGCUUGGCAGGUAUGGGCUCGUGCGAGAGAUCUCAGAUGCAACAGUCUAUCUAUUUUCAGAAACAGGAAAUUAUGUUAAUGGGCAUGUUCUCGUCGUAGAUGGAGGAGCUUGGCGAAUGCCGGAGCUCGUGGGCAGCAGUGGAGGGAUGAAAUACCCGGACAUUGUGCUCCGCGACUUCAACCUGGCUUCAGAUAUCAAGACAGGCCGAGAUACACAUAAGCCAAAGAUAUGA